CAGAUGAUAAUAAGGUAACACUAAAUAAACAAACCUCUACAUAUCAAAUAGGAAAUGGAAGCUGAAGAGGAAAAUAAGGGCAGUAUAAGUAUGGUCGAGGCUAAGCUGCCUCCUGGGUUUAGAUUUCACCCGAGAGACGACGAGCUUGUCUGCGACUACUUAGUGAAAAGAAACGUUCGCAGCCGCUAUCAACCAGUGGUCUUGAUCGAAGUCGAUCUCAACAAGUGCGAGCCUUGGGACAUUCCUCUUAUCAAUUGUACAGAAUCGGCGAGAGUAGGAGGUAAAGAAUGGUAUUUUUACAGCCAAAAAGAUCGGAAAUACGCAACAGGGCAAAGAACAAACCGGGCUACGGCCACCGGUUAUUGGAAAGCAACCGGUAAAGAUAGAGCAAUCCAAAGAAAUGGUAGCCUUGUGGGCAUGAGAAAGACACUUGUGUUUUACAGAGGUCGAGCCCCUAAAGGUCGUAAAACUGAUUGGGUCAUGCACGAGUUUCGUCUCCAAGGAACUUUUAUCCACCAUUCUCCCAAGGAAGAAUGGGUAUUGUGUAGAGUUUUCAACAAGAACAACAAUGAAGAUGAGAAGGGCAACAACAUGAUAAGCUGCUCUGAUGAAACAGCUUCUGCAUCAAUGGACUCUUAUAUCAACUUCGAUCAUCAUCAUCACAUCAUCAACCAGCAAGUGCCCUGCUUCUCCAAUCUGUCACAGAACCAAAUCGGUUUGGUCUACAAGAAUCCUAACCCGUUGUCUAUUAAUCCUUCCUCUGAUCAAAUGGUUCUCAAGGCUUUGCUAAGUCAGCUUACCAACAAUACCAAAGAAUCACAGAGCUAUGGAGAAGGAAGCUCAGAAAGCCAAUUGACCGACGUUGGCAAACCAAGCCGUGGUGCUUGGAAAUAUUGAUCACUACCCAGAAAUCUAUAAUCAUGUGUAUGAAUCAUACAUAUUAUUCACCAAUGCAAACAUUUAUUCACCCAUCUCGUGUAAACAUUGUUAUACGUCAUCUUCUUAUCUAUUAUUCACCAAUGCAAACAUUUUUCAUGUGUAAUUUUUUUUAUUUGAACCAUUUCUUAGAAACUGCAUAAAAAUUUAAUAUCUUUCGAUAUGUUUACAUUUUAUUUGAAAUGCAGCUGAAUAUUCUUUUAAAAAAUCUAAAAAAAUCUCUGAAAAAUCUUUUUAGAAGAUUUAAAAAAAAUCCCGAAAAUAGCAUUGAUGUAAACAAAAAAAUAAAAUUAUAUAAAAUGAAUUAUUCAAAUAUAAUAACAAUUUAAACUGAUUAAUUUUGGAAAUACAUUUAUGAAUAUUUUAAUUUUUUUUGUUAGAAAUGAAUAUUCAUUUAUCUUUCAAACAUAAAUAAAAUAGUAUAAUUAAAUAAUAAAGAAUGUUAAAUAAAAAACAAAAAAAAUUACUAAAUUACAAAUGAGAUACAGUGCUAAAAUUAUGCUUUAAGUUAUACUACCGAUAUAAGCAAAUAAUACAAUAUAAAAAUUAAAAACAUAGUCAUUUAAAUAUAUAUUUUAAGACAAAUAGUUAUUCUUAAAUUUAAUCAACUGAAAAAAAAAACUGCACGGUUGUGCGAGUUAAAUUCUAGUUAUGGAUCAAAUAAUCACAUCAAAUUAAAUAAAUAAAAUAAAAUCAUAUUUUGAAAACAUUUGUAAUAAAAAACAUGAAAUUAAGUAUUAUGUGAACACAAUUAAAACUCCAAAGUAUUGAUUCAGUCCUGAUUGAUGAAGCUCUGGCGGUCCGAAAGGCAGUUUUGGAAGUGUUUAUAUCUAAUGUGGACUCUCUGCUGGUUUUAUCUGAUUCACAGACGCUAGUGAAGCUACUCAAGACUAAGAGAUCUAGGACGGAAUUGAACAACAUCCUCAUCGAUAUCUACUAUUUCAGCAGCUUGUUAAAGGCGUGUUCCUUUUAUCAUAUUUCUUGCUUAUGUAAUGUUGAAGCUGAUUUAUUGACAAAGUCAGAGCUUGUAUCUGUAAACACUAAACUUUUCUUUAUGCAAUGAAAUCGUAGUUUGACCAAAAAAAAAGAAGAAUUGGUCGCGUUUACUGUUUUAGCGAUGCAACUGCGUCCCGUUAGAGAUUCCAAAAAACGGCAAAUCUUCUUUAAGGUCUAAACAAAUACUAUUAGCCUCAUUCCUGGUAAAAACAGGUUUCUUUUUUGUGUUACCUCUUCGUUGUGUUCUGUUCCCUAUGGCGGAUUGGAAUUGCUAAUUCCCCCCCCCCCCCCCCCCCCCCCCCCCAACGAUUCAGGGUUUGUUUUUGUUCAUUCCAAUAAUUGAUUCAUUGUCGAGCUAGAGUUGGUUUUGAAAUUAAAACAUUUUUUCCCAAUCUGAUAGUUCUGUGAAUCUUUUAAUAUAUUUGUUUUUUUUUUAUUUCUUCAUGGUGGGUUUGGAACAUGAUAAGGUUUUUGCCAUCUGACGACGUUCCUUAACCGAAACUAAGGAGAGUUAUGACGACAUCCUUGAGAGCCACGGCAUGCGCCAUCUGCAAGCAAGAUCUCGAACCUGCUCAACGUUGGCGUUGCGAAGUUUGUCCUGACUAUGAAGUUUGCGGCCCUUGUUACUCAAACGGCAUCAUCAACCAUCCACACACCCUCAUUAGCCCUCCAUCACCCACUGGUCAGUUAAGAGCAGUGCUUCUACACGUGACGACAUGCUGCACCACACAGUGCCAGUAUCCAAGGUGUCGCACUGUCAAGAUUCUCCUCCGUCAUGGUGUUACAUGCAAAAAGAGAGUCUGCAAUCAUUGUAAGAGAAUGUGGGAUAUCUUCCGUAUGCACGCCAGAAACUGCAGGGAGCCCCAAUGCACAAUACCCAAAUGCAGUGAGUUUAGAGCUCGUUUUAGUAGAAAUCAACAACAGGCAGGUUCAAGACGCAGAGCAGCUGCGGUACGACAGAGAGACGCUGACGCUGACGCUGACGCAGCAACAGCCUCCACUCUUGUUGACUCAUCAACAUAGACAGACAGAGAUAUGGUCUUACCUUGCUGUAGUUCACUCUUUUGAUCCCUUCGUUUUGUAUAUGUUAGCAUUUUUUUUUUCUGGCAAAGAUAUAAGCGAAUAAAUCCUCCUGAUUUUGGAUUAUUAUACCUGCAUGUUUUCAUUGACAGACUCCAUGUUUAUGUUUUC